AUGGCACCGGCUGUGACCCAGCUCCUUUUCCUCCAGCUUGUUCUAGGGCCAACUCUGGCCACGGACAUCAAGAUGCAGUUUGGCACCAGGAACUUCCGUAUCCUAAACAUCGACUAUCCCAAGGUUAUCUACCCAAAAGGUUUCCAGGGCUAUUGUAAUGGUCUGAUGGCCUAUGUGCGGGGCAAGAUACAAACUCCACAUUGCCCAAAGAUCCAUUAUGUGAUGCAUGCCCCUUGGAAAGCCAUCCAGGAGGUCUGCAAGGAAAGUGAGAGCUUCUGUGAAAACUACAAUGAAUACUGCACACUCACCGAGGAUGCCUUCCCCAUCACAGUCUGCUCCCUGAGCCACCAACAGCCACCCAACAGCUGCUACUACAAUAGCACUGAAACCAACCAAAAGGCCUACCUACUUUGCUCUCGCAAGUAUGAGGCUGAGCCAAUAGGUAUCAUUGGUCUCCAUUAGGG